UUGCGUUACUGCAGCUGUAUCUAUGGGAAUGGCUGGUGACGCGGCGGCCAUGUUGGAUUCGGGCAGCAGCUGUAACUCUCAGGGAAAGAUGUAGGAGCGGGAAGGGGGUCCGCAGACUGUGUCAGGGUGAUAAUGUUUCCUUUUACUCCCUGCGUCUGGCGGUAGCUGGGGCGCUGCGGGCUGUUUAUAGCUUGUAGAACGACUUCCGGUGGAUGGGCGGCCAUCUUUGUUUGGGGCAAGUUGGAACGCACAAGGCAGAAGUCGUCUGUGGGAGAGGGGUUGGGGGGCUUCCGGUUGUAGGAAGAAGGAGGGAAAUGUCUGAUGGAUCCAGUAAUGGGAACCCACCAAAGAGAUGUCCCAGUGUUUCCAUGCAGGAAGAUAAGAGGGACGAUCUGGGAGACCUGAACAUUAUCGUUGUUAAGGAAGAGGUGAAAGAGGAGGAAAUUACGACACCAGUGACGGUGAAAGAAGAGGACGUUUCCCCAGAGAUCAGCACUGGUAAUGAAAGUACCACAUUUCUUGUGAUCGUCCAUUAUGGCGUCUUCCAUGCCGCAAGGUCCCACCCCUGAGGAUUUUGGUGGUAGUUUGACAAGCAGUGAUCUCAUCAUCGCUUCCCUUGAGGACCUGGAAGGCAAAGAUUUUGAGCGUUUUAAAGAUAAGCUGUCAGAUUUCUCCUACAAGGACAUACGUCCAAUUUCACGUGGACCUCUAGAAAAUGUCAAUCGCAUUGUUACAAAGAACCUUCUCAUCAAUUAUUAUGGAGAGGCGGCAGCUCUGGAUGUGACUGUAAAGGUUCUAAGAUUCAUUUCUUUAAUGGGACCAGCUGAGGAGCUCCAGAUGCGGAUUGAACAACACGGUGCAAAGACCAAGCCAUUGGAUAAAAUAAUAGAGGAUUUCAGAAAAAGGUACAUGACUUUAAUGAAAGAAAGAUAUCAGAUUCAUAGAGAUGGAAAUGCCUGCCUAGAUAAGAGGUACACCAAACUAUUAAUAAUAAAGAAACAGCGGAAUAUGAAGGAGAGAGAACAUGAAAUCAUAAGCCUGGGCCAAAGACAUUUAGAGAUUAUGGAUGAACGGUCUUCAAGUCAAUAUUCCCCCAUCACCAUUGAAAGGCUGUUCGAUCCAGAUGAAGAUGGCAUAGUCCCCAAAAUUGUUGUGCUGCAAGGACCUGCCGGGGUUGGAAAAACCAUGACCUCCCGGAAAAUCAUUCUGGAAUGGGCCAAUGGGACUUUUUACCAAGACCAAUUUAAUUUCAUGUUUUACAUGAGCUGUAGGGAGCUUAACACCCUGAGUGGAGACAUAAGCCUAGCUGGACUUUUACGUAAAUUAUGCCAAAUCAGUUGUGAAAGAGACUUUCUCAAGUCAAUCCUAGGUGAUCCUCCAAAACUACUUUUCCUUGUGGAUGGAUUUGAUGAGUUGAGAUGGACUUUAGUUAGCGAUACAGAGGUUUGCGAAGAUCCUUUUCAGGAGACCAGCAAGGAAAUCCUUUUAAAUAGUAUCUUCAGACAAUCCUUUCUUCAGGGAGCUUCCCUAAUCAUCACCACAAGGCCAUACUCACUGGAACAACUAAGCAGACUUUUUCUCUCUCCCCGACAUGUUGAAAUUCUGGGGUUCCUGGGAAGUGACCGUGAGCAAUUUUUCUAUGGUUUCUUUCCAGCAAAAGAAGAAGCCGAGUUUGCUCUCAGUAUUGUGAAGGACAACGAUUGCCUCUUUACCAUGUGUUCCAUCCCGAUUACUUGUUGGAUUGUAUGCACGGUAAUAAAACAACAGAUGUCAGAGAGACAAAGAGAAAUCGAUUGUAAAACCAGCACAUCGAUCUACCUGCUAUACCUGAAGAGUUUAAUUAAAUACCACUGUAGGAGUUCCAACCAACCACUCAUUAAAUGUGUUAGGAAAAUUUGCACGUUAGCCAACGAAGGUGUCUGGAGUCAGAAAAUCCUGUUCGGGGAAGAUGACCUCCAAAGACACGAACUCUCAAUAAAAGACAUUGAGUCGAUCUUUCUAAAUGAAAACAUUUUUCAAAGAGACUUUGAAACUCAAACCUGUUACAGUUUCAUCCAUCUGACUGUCCAGGAGUUCUUUGCUGCCCUCUACUAUGUGGUGGGAAAUAAAAACAAAAUAAUUUCUAUGGCCUCUGCAAAAAAUGCCCCAAUAAAGAAGCUUCUGGAAGAAGGGAAGAACAAGUCACACUUAGAAUUAACAACACAGUUCCUGUUUGGCCUUUUCGGUGAAAAACAACAAAAAGAAACAGGGAAAUUUCUGGGCUAUGAUCAGUUUUCCUUUAGGGAAAAUUCUGUGAUGGUGGAUUGGCUGAUAAAGAACCAUUACAGAGUGAGUUUCAAGUACUUAAAUGAGACUCAGGAUGAGGAUUUAAUCGGACGGGUAAUGUCUCACUUUCCAGCUAUAACGGUUGUCAAUCCAGGACAUACCUUUGACUACAGGGCUUUGUCUUACUGUUUAAAGAACAGCAGAAGCGAGCACCAAAUUAGUUUUAUUAACUGCAAAAUAGGCCCCAAAACACGGGUCCUUUUGUCUUCAGCUCUCCACAAGUGUUCAAGUGUUCGAUUUAGACACUGCUUUAUUCUGGGCAAUGAAGGUGAUGAAAAGUUGCCUUAUACCAACUCCAGUCUUUCAGGUUUAUUUAAUUCUCAAUGUGGAAUUCAGACACUACAGUUGUAUGAAUGUAGCCUGAAGUCAUAUUGCUGUGAAGAUCUGUGUCCUGUGAUUGCAAACAAGUCUCUGGCCAGGCUGAGCCUCUCACGUAAUUAUCUGCAAGACUCUGGAAUAAAACUUCUAUGCAAGGGGUUAACAGACAAGGAUUGCGUUCUGCAGGAACUGAGCCUGUAUGAAUGUGGUUUGACAUCAAACUGUUGCGCUGACCUCUGCUCUUUUAUUACUACAAACCGAACUCUGACCAUGCUGGAUCUGUCCAAGAACACACUGGAUGACUUUGGAUUAAAAGUUCUGUGUGAGGGACUUAGACAUCCAGGUUGUACUGUACAGGAUCUGAGAUUUGAGGCGUGUCAAUUCCUCCCAUCCUACUGUGAAGAUCUUGCCAACAUUAUUACUGCAAGCCGAUCUUUGAAAUCCAUUAACUUAUCAUCAAAUGACCUGCAGGAUUCUGGAGUAAAAUAUCUGUGCCAGGGGCUCCAACAUCCUGAAUGUGCCCUGCAGGAGUUGAGGUUGAUGUACUGUGGCCUAACAUCGUCCUGCUGUGAUGAUCUUCGCUCCAUUCUCAUUGCCAAUCGAACGCUGAUCAAACUUCUGUUAAAAGGAAAUACCCUGGGGAAUGCUGGAAUAAAGCUUAUGUGUGACGGACUCAAACAUCCAGGUUGUACCUUGCAGGAGUUGAGACUGGAGUCUUGUGGACUGACAUCAUAUCGCUGUGAGGACAUUCGGUCCGUUAUUACUACAAACCGGUCUCUCGUCAAACUAGACCUGACUUUGAAUCAUCUGAGUGACUCUGGAAUAGAAUCUCUAUGUGAAGGACUUGGACACCCAGGCUGUAUUCUGCAGGAACUGCUGAUCACUAAAGAAAACCUAACAAGGAAUUUGGUUUCGGAUUUAGAAAAUGAAAAGCCAAAAAAGACAUUUCUGCCAAAAUGGUUUUGGAGAAGUAAACCAGGCAACGUGCAGACUGUCGCCUCUCCCAAAGCCCCAUCAAAAUGAACGUUUUUUUUAUGGAAUGUUUGAAAACAUUUUGAACUUUUAACAUUUUUAUGGACAUUUGAUGCUUUUGUAAAAUAUUUGGCAGCAACGUGAACACAAUGGCUGAGCUGUGCACUGGGUACCCGAGUCGAAUUGCUUAUCAGGUAGAUAUUUGCCAGCACACCAAGGAUCGGCACAGAGUGGCGUCCAAACGAGUAGUUUAUUGCAUGAUUACAACACAAGAAAAGUGCAAAGUUUCGGAGUCACGCAGGACCCCUUCGUCAGGCAGGAACGUGUGCGAUGGGAAUAUGAAACAUUACAUGAAUUGCUUAUCAGGAUGCUUUCUACAUAAAAUUUGCUUUUUUUUAAAGAGUUUCCUUCAAGUGA